ACAAACACUCCCAUUCUCUCCAACCAAAACGAAUCACUUCUUCCCUUUCUUCUUUUUCGUACUCCAAUCCUCCACACCCUAACGCUUAGAAUCUCUCUCUCUCAAACAAUAUUCAAUCUUUACUUUCUUAUCAAAGGCUCCAAUCUCAGCCACGUAUUUAUAUAUUAUUAUUAUUAUCUUUUUUUUUUUGGGUAAAUUAUUAUUAUUAUUAUCAUUUCCCUGCAAAGUUCUUCUUCAUAAUUUCUUCACACCCAAACAAGACCUUAAAGAAAACCUUUUUCCUGUAGCUAUAUAAGAUGAUGAAGGUUCACCCAGCACCAAAAAAGCGAAACAUGAAGACAAACCAAUGCGGCGUCGCACCCAAGAAGCUACGAAGACUCCCCCACGUGUUCGCCAGAGUCCUCGAGCUUCCUAUACGCUCAACCGUCGAUGUUUCAGUUCAAGAAACCUCUGACUCUCUUCGUUUCAUUGUCAGUACCACCACCAACAAUAACAAAGACAAGUCAAAUAUGAGCCAAGUGAGAGCUCAUACGAUCAAAAUCUUGCCGGGCAUGACGAAAGUUGUGAUUAAAGGAAUAGGUGGUGGAGAUGAUGAAGAUGACGAGCUUGAUGUCUGGCGGUUUAGGCUCCCGUCUUAUACGAGACCUGAGAUGACAAGCGCGAGGUUUAGCGGUGGUAAACUUGUCGUCACCGUGCCUAAGGGCAUGGACACGGUGAAUAAUAGUGAUGGUGAUGGUGAUGAUGAUAAUAACAACGGUGAAAGUAAAAUAAAAGAGAAGGGUUGGGGUGGAGGGAGUGGAAGACUGAUUCUUAUACAGUAAUGUUUCCCUUUUACGCAUGUCAUGUUCUUGAUUUAAGGUUGGACUAUUAAUGGCAUGGGACAUGUAUGGUUUCAA